GUCAAGGGGGCGGGGCGUUAGGAGAGCGCGCACGCUCGCGUCCGGUCCGCGGUGCGCGCGCAGUUCGGUGUGUCAGUCGGGGGCGCGCUCGGGUAACCCCACGUAGUCGCCGGUUACCGAUCGGACUAAGUUCCAGUGGUGAUUUGCAAGUGAAGUUAAAAUGUCCCCAGAAGUGGCCUUGAACCGAAUUUCUCCAAUGCUCUCCCCAUUCAUAUCUAACGUGGUCCGGAAUGGAAAGGUGGGACUGGAUGCUACAAACUGUUUGAGGAUAACUGACUUGAAAUCUGGUUGCACAUCAUUGACUCCUGGGCCCAACUGUGACCGAUUUAAACUGCACAUACCGUAUGCUGGAGAGACAUUAAAAUGGGAUAUCAUUUUCAAUGCCCAAUACCCAGAGCUGCCCCCUGAUUUUAUCUUUGGAGAGGAUGCUGAAUUCUUGCCAGAUCCCUCGACUCUUCAUAAUCUUGCCUCCUGGAAUCCUUCAAAUCCUGAAUGUCUCUUACUUGUGGUGAAGGAACUCGUGCAGCAGUACCACCAAUUUCAGUGCAGCCGCCUGCGAGAGAGCUCCCGCCUCAUGUUUGAGUACCAGACUUUACUGGAAGAGCCACAGUAUGGAGAGAAUAUGGAAAUUUAUGCUGGGAAAAAGAACAACUGGACUGGUGAAUUUUCUGCUCGUUUCCUUUUGAAAUUACCAGUGGAUUUCAGCAAUAUUCCCACAUACCUUCUCAAGGAUGUAAAUGAAGACCCUGGAGAAGAUGUGGCCCUUCUUUCUGUCAGUUUUGAGGACACCGAAGCCACUCAGGUGUACCCCAAGCUUUACUUAUCACCCCGAAUUGAACAUGCACUUGGAGGCUCCUCGGCACUUCAUAUCCCAGCUUUUCCAGGAGGAGGAUGUCUCAUUGACUAUGUUCCUCAAGUUUGCCACCUGCUCACCAACAAGGUACAAUAUGUGAUUCAAGGAUACCACAAAAGGAGAGAAUAUAUUGCUGCUUUCCUCAGUCACUUCGGCACAGGUGUCGUGGAAUAUGAUGCAGAAGGCUUUACAAAACUCACUCUGCUGCUGAUGUGGAAAGAUUUUUGUUUUCUUGUACACAUUGACCUGCCCCUGUUUUUCCCUCGAGACCAGCCAACCCUCACCUUCCAGUCUGUCUAUCACUUCACCAACAGCGGACAGCUUUACUCCCAGGCCCAAAAGAAUUAUCCCUACAGCCCCAGGUGGGAUGGCAACGAAAUGGCCAAAAGAGCAAACCUCUGCUUUACGAUACAUGUCAGUCCGGGACAGCAAGUGAUCUGUUUGAGGAGGCCUGCUGACGACACUCUGCAGCAAAUGCAGAACGGUGUGAUCCUUAAACAUUCCUCUCAUCCACAGCUGUGGCCCCCGCCUCUGCCAAGCCUGUCACCAAAGCCACACACAAGGCGCGCACGCAGCAGGUUUGGGCAGAAGACAAGCCAAGGGCGUGGCAGUGCCUCUAGCUGCAGAGUUCAUCCGUAGAUACCACAAGGAUGCCACAAGCAGCUUGGGACCGAGUUUUGAGACAGGCGCUGUGUGCCAAUGACCUUGGCUGAGUGUCCAACCCCACGAGUGGCCAGCUGUGCCUCUGACUGCCAGGUCACUAUGAUUAGUGCACAGGGCCUGACCCAGUGAGUCACAGGGAGGAGGCUGAGCAGAGGGCAAGGACCCCAGGACCUCUUCGUCUGCACAGGGCCCCCCUCCUCUGCAGCCACAUGUGCUUCUGGCCAUUCCUGAGGACACAGAGCCCCUCACCCUUAGACCCAGCUUUGUCCCACGGUGACAGUUGGCAUCUGUGGAACGAAUUGUGCCAGGCACCGUGCCAAGUGCUUGCUUGGACCAUCUCAUUGGAGCCUCAGAAGAAGGCCCAUUCUACAGGUAAGAAACUAAUCCUAACAAGGUGGACCACCUCUCCUGAGUGACGCAACUCAUAAGGAACAGGCCAGAGCCCGUGCCACACCACCUGUCCUCCACCUGCAGCCGUGCGCACUCGAGCUGAUGGUGCCUUAGGGAUCUUCAAGCUCGGCUCCCUGCUUUCGAGAUGACAGAACUGAAGCCAGAGAGUAGAAGAUGUUUAGCCCUGGACCCAAGGCCCAGAAAAAGUGGGCCCACUGAGCACUCCAGCCCCCUGAGGCCCAGUCCCAGGCCUGUCCCCUCCCUGCCCUGCCCACGAGCCAAGGCCCUCCCAGGAGCCUCUGCCGCACUGACGUCAUCGAGCACCUGCCCCAUCUUGGCCUAGGAUCUGUUCCUUAAGGUUUAUUUUGCUAACCUGAGACUAGUGGAUGAGAAUGAAUUGUGAGUUUACGAAACCCUGAGCAGAAGAACUAAGAUCAGUGAAGAGGGUCAAACCCUUAUUUUGUGCUAAGGCAAUUCUGAGCUCUGAUUUGGUCUAAAAAUAAGUUCCCUUCCAACGGGAGUAGAGUGAGGAGCUUGACCGACGCGGAGCCGUCUCUCCCUGUGGCCCCACGUGGCCAGCCAGGGGGAGGUGAGGAGACCUUGCCCCCCACCCCAAACCACACUUACGCUUUCAAAGCUCAUCGUGCACUUUGUCUUUGGGUCAAAGAUUUUUUUAAAAGAUGACAGAUAACUACUGCUGUUGGCAAGCUAAACUCUGGGCAGCUCUCCAUUUUCUCCGAUAAAAAGUGAAAUAAAUGAAAACAGCACUUAAAAAAAUCUGUAAAUGGGUAGGAGCCAGUUGUCAUAUCACCCUCCCUCCCCCUCCCCCCACGGCCUUACUGAGGAGCCGAGUUUCGAGGCGCUGGCUGAGAACACCGCGUCUUUAGGUAACCUCUCCACACCGCUUCCCACCGCGUCACAGCUCGCCCCGGCAGGGAAAGCCCAGGACCAAACAGGGAACUUUAGAACUUUCUGAAGGAGGAAAGAGCGUGACUUUAAAGCCUGCUCCCCCUUGCCAAGACCGCUUUUUCUAAGGAGCUUGCCUUGUCACAGCUUUCUGGGGGGAUUUUCCGAGGAAACGCCAAGCUGAUGAGAUUGGCCUCAGGAGCCGGUGUGACUGACCUGAGGAGAGAGUGGGAGGGUCCCUGCGGGCCGCCCUGCUCACCAUCAGGCCCGUGCCCAGCGCCUGCCCUGGCCGCAGCCGGCACAUCCAUGCAGCAGGCACCUGCCGUGGGGCCCACCACACGGACCAACAAUAGCCCCCCCAGGAGCCCUCGGGUGUAACUUGGGGAUGGGGCUCCACCCUGCCCUCCUUGCCAAGUGGGACGGGGGGAUCACACCCCAGUGAGCCCUUCAAGCUGUCACACCAGCACGGCGGAUGGGCCACCAGCCUGUCAGUCUCAGACACUCUGACCAAGGCCACAAGGCCUAACACAGCUGACACACGCCUUGCUGGAGCGACAGCAGUGGACGGAAUAGAUAUGUAAGGAACGGAUGGCCCUCUCGUCUGCAUGGCCGUGCAUGGUUGACAGUGCCCCUUCCCACACACUGUCCCCUGCAAAUUUCACUUCAAGAUGGGCUUGUCACCCCAACCCGCUGUAGGGGAAGCAGAGCCCAGGGCUUCCCUGUGCCCUGCCUGGCCUCUCCCUGGGCCCAGGGCUCUCUCCACCACAUCACAGUCCCCUCUUUUGCAUUAAGGCUCCUUGGUGCCUAGUGAGUAGGGACUUUGAGGUCAUAAGUAUCAGAGAAGGUGACGCUGUGGCUGCCUCGGGACUGGGCUGCCCUGGACAUGGAUAGAGGGGAUGCUUUAUCUUUCUUUCUCACUAGUUAUUGGCAUAAAUCUGGGAAUGGACUAAAUAUUACAUUAUCUGCUUUCUGCAAUAGCUCUCUCCCUCCUGAAACAGCAUGUAAGGGACAUGCUUUGGCAGCUUCUUGCAACACGGUGGCCAUCAGUAGUUACAUGAACUGAGGCACAGGCCUCCGCUGAGUGCCUGAGGUCACGGAAAGGAGCCCGUGCUCCCCGUUUUCUGGGGGUUGGCAGCCUGGCCCAGCAAGUCAGACAGACAUACGCCCCGGAAGAUGUACAGAGGGGGUCUGUGUGCAGGGAGGGAAGCUUCUGGUGACCAGGAAGGAGUGGAUGGGAUCGCGGGCAUUUGGCCUGAGCAUGAAUAAAGCCCAGAGGUGGGAAAUGGCCUGAGAAAGAACAAGAGGUCAGAGUGGAGGGAGUGUGGGGCAUUUUAGAUCUGGGUUCCCGGAGGGCCCUUAGGGGGUCUGUAACAUCCCUCCAGAGUGUGUGAUGUGUGCAGUGGGGGGUUUACCUGCACUUUUUCUGGGGAGAGAAUCCUAACCUUUCAUUAGCUUCUCAAAGGGGAACAU